GUUUUAAAUCAUUAUCACUUUAUAAAUUCAAUAUCGAUCACAUAAACGUACUUUCCUUUAUAAUUGUGUGAGCUCUUCAUGUCCCAAUGUUAGUGGAACGGAGAUAGUGAGGUCGUAUUAUUUUGACCAAAUUGAUAUCUCGUGCACCAGAUCGAGUGUGUUGGCUUGGUUGACCGUGAGCGGAUGCUGGCUGAAUUGCUAGACCCGUUCUGAUAAAAGCUAAUUGUUUUGAACUCUUUCCCCUUCGGGGCUUCGGCCCCUUCAGGAAUAUGCAUCUUUUUUCAUUAAGUCUUUGGUAAUUGCCUUUUUUACAGGCUAAUUAUUUUGAUUAAGGGAAAACUGUCAAAUUGACCCUCAAAAUAUACCAAAAAAGUUAAUUAAGCCCUCCAACAAAUGAAACACCCAAUUAAAUCCAUUAACAAUAUAAAAACAUUCAAUUUUCUAAUUUAGCCAGGUUAUUCUCGGUCAACCGGUUACACAGCUGAUGUGGCAGCCAAGUGUCAAUUUUUGACUUUUCAUUUUUUUACUUUCCCCUUUUUCCUCUGGCCCAUGCACCCUUCUUCUCCAAUUCUCCCUCUGUUCUUCCCACCACCAAACGUUCUUCCCCCUUUCUUCUUCCUCGGUUCUGCCCCAAAUUUCUUCUCCCUCAUAUAUGUAUGCUUCCUCUUCCUCUAUGUUUUUGUGAUCCUUUCAGCGUUUCUGGGUUGAAUCAACACUUUCUUACCAGGGGACCAAUUAACAAGAGCUCUCAAAUGUUCGUAUCUUGGCUCAACGGCACAUUUUCUUCAUGGUCUGGACUUGAUCUCACCCCUUGCAGCUGGGCCGGAGCUGAAUGCGACUGCAGCGGAGCCGUCUUGGCCGUCUCUCUCUCUGGCUAUUCCCUUAUCGGCCUCUUCCCUAAUUUCCGGCCUCUACAGUCUCCAUUCACGGGCUGGUUCAUCGCCGCCGUGUAUGGCGGGAUGAAGAAGAGGAAGACAGAGGGGUGGGGAGGGGCGGGCUGAGGAGGAGGAAGAAGGGAGGAGGAGGGUGGGAAGAGAGUGAGAGACGGGCUGAAAAAGAUUGAACGUGGAGGAGGGGUGAGCUGAAGAAGGAGAACAACGGGACGGGGAGCAGGCUGAAAAGAAGAAUAAAGAGGGAUUUAGUUGGUUGUUGGGUUGUCCGGAAGAAGAAAGUAGCUUGGAAAAAGAAAGGAGGUAAAGAAAGGAAAAAGAAAACGGAAAAACAUAAAAAUAUGCCACAUGUCAGUAAGGUGACCAGC